GUGAUGACGUAGUUUUCGUAGGCGACGCGCAGAGCUAGUGUUGGUUAGCGCGCUAAGAGGUUCCCUGAUUACGCGACAUUAACUAUUGGAUUUUUUUCUACGACUCCAGGCACCACAAAUCCUAUUCAAUGGAAAGCGAAGCAUCUGACGUUGAUCCUGUACCAGGACCAGAAUCUGGUAGUAUGGAUGUGGAGAAUGCACCACUGUAUUGCAUUUGCAGGAAAUCGCACAUCAAUGGUUUCAUGAUUGGCUGUGAUAACUGCAACGAGUGGUUCCAUGGCAACUGUAUCAAUAUCACGGAGAAGAUGGCCAAGGCGAUCCGGGAGUGGUACUGCAUGAGCUGCAGAGAUGAAAACCCAUUCCUGGAAAUAAAGUAUAGAAAAGAGAAGAAAAACCGAGAGAGGGAACCGGACUCUGAUAGAACGGAACGACAGUACAGCACCCCGAGCACUCCAGACUACAGGAGUGAAAGGCGGCGUGGAUCAAAAGUGAAGCGUUCUGUUCGAAUGUGUGGUGAAUGUGAGCCGUGCCGAAGGACGGAGGACUGUGCCCAGUGUGACUUCUGCAAAGACAUGAAGAAGUUUGGGGGUCCCAAUAAAAUAAGGCAGAAAUGCAGAUUCAGGCAAUGUGAAGUCCGAGCAAGGAAAAUGCUACGUGUGAAAGAAGAGGAAAUGUCUUUGCGAGAGAGAAGGGACAACUACCACCACAGACGCAGACGCUACUCUGAAGACUAUGACAGCGAGGCCGACCUCUACCGCCAAUACAAAGCAGCGGGGAUCAACAACAACAUGGCGUGGGGGACUGACGACGAUGACGACGAGCCACCUUUUAGUUCUGUCGUGCGAAAGAAAGCUGUGAAGGUGAAACAUGUGAAAAGACGAGAAAAGAAGUUCGACAAGAAAGUAAGAUCGGUACCUUCUUAUGGAAAAAUGUAUUGUGCUCACAUACAAGAUAACACUCGGGACAAUAAUGAUGUCGUUCAGAAAGAGUCCCGGCGCCACAAGCAGAAGCAGAAGCACAAGGACCGAAAUCGACACAGUGAGAGGGGCGAUGUGCGGGAUCACGGAGGGCGACGUCAGUGUCUUGGGCCAAACUGCGUUACGUCUGCAAAAGUCAACUCCAAAUACUGCUCGGAGGAAUGUGGCAUGAAGUUAGCUGCCAAUCGAAUUUAUGAAAUCCUCCCUCAGAGGAUCCAGCAAUGGCAGCAGAGUCCCUGCAUUGCAGAGGAGCACGGGAAGAAGCAACUGGAGCGCAUUCGCAGGGAGCAGCAGAACGCACGCUUGCGCCUCACCGAAAUGGAGCGCCGCUUCCACGAGCUGGAAGGCAUCAUCGCCAAGGCCAAGCAGCAGGUGGUGCAGCAAGAUGAGGAGGUGAAUGAAGGGGAUGGUGAAGACACAGACCUGCAAAUUUUUUGCGUGUCCUGCAGCCAUCCUGUUAAUCCAAAAGUGGCACUGAGACAUAUGGAGAGAUGCUAUGCAAAGUACGAGAGUCAGACCUCCUUUGGUUCCAUGUAUCCUACAAGAAUCGAAGGAGCAACCAGACUUUUCUGUGACGUGUACAAUCCCCAAAGCAAAACGUACUGCAAGAGGCUUCAAGUUUUGUGUCCAGAACAUUCCAGAGACCCUAAGAUUUCUGUGGACGAGGUGUGUGGGUGUCCCCUGGUGAAAAACGUCUUCGAGUUGACAGGAGAAUACUGCAGAGUUUCCAAACGGAAAUGCAACAAACAUUACAACUGGGAAAAGCUCAGGAGGGCUGAAGUGGAUUUGGAGCGAGUCCGAGUGUGGUACAAGUUGGACGAGCUGUUUGAACAAGAACGGAAUGUCAGGACUGCUAUGACCAACAGAGCCGGUCUACUGGCACUGAUGCUGCACCAAACCAUUCAACACGAUCCCUUGACGACUGAUCUUCGUUGUAACAAGGAUAGAUAGUAGUAUCUAUUGCUAUACAUAUGGUCGAACAAGUAGAAACGUGUUUACCAGUUUGACUUCAAUGAAAACUGUUUUUCCAUUUGAAUAAUUAUUUGUAAAUAUUUUUAUUCAUAACUAACUUAAAGUGAUGAUAUAUAUUUUCCUGACUGUAGUAUAGGAACUAGUGCAGUUUUUGCUAUGAAAACUGUAAAUCAGGGUUGUCCAAACUGUUUCCACUCUAUAUUAUAAGAUAAUAUAAGGGGCCACUUUGUUAUUUUUGUAUUUAUAUUUGUAUCAUGUAAAAAGGCUUAAAAAAAAAAAGGUCAUGUAUAUAUUCAAAGAUAACGCUUUUUGUUACUAUAGGAAUUAGUGUCAAAAUUUCAGUCUUUUUUCAUUACCCCAUUUAUGUAAGAUAAUUUUGGGGUUUAAUUUUAUUUCUACAAUGUGCCCGCGGACCAAUAAAAAAAAAAAAAAACGGGCCGCAAAGCUUUGCCCGAAAAUAAACUCCUUAA